AUUUUAUUUCCCUUUAUUCCAUAUGCACGCUUGCAUCUCUCCCCCUUACAGCCCAGGCUCAGUGUCUGUCCCAGCUCUGCAGAUCCCACCGAGCCCUGGGGAGCACGAGGGAGAAGCUCGAUGCAGGCAGCCUGCAAAUGCUGCCUUGUUUAUGAGAGCUGCAGACUGCAGUCUGGGGGGAGCUGGGAAAGUUUGUCUGGCUUAAAGCGCUAAAGCUGGCAAAAGAUUGCAGGGCUUGGGCUGUAAUCAAUAAAACACGGGGUGUUUGGAAGCGAAGGUCAGAGUCCUUCCUUGGUUCACCCUGUUCUUUAAAUAUCUCAGCAGUUACAGUGGCUGCUGCAGCGCUUGGACACGGCGAAGAGCAGCACAGACCUCAGUCUUUGGAGAAGCACAGCUUUUAUUUACCUGGAGGCAAACCCUGCUCCCUUCUGCUCCGAGGUUUAUGGUUUUGGGGCCCUGGCCCUGGUGCAGGGCUGUGUGCAUGCAGUCCCUAGCUCAAAAUGGCAUCCUCCAUCUGCUUGUCCAGGAGAUAGCCCUGUGCUGCAGCACUCCAACUCCUCUGCCUUAAUGGGUCACAUUUAGCAAUUCAAAAUCUGGCUUGUGAGGUAAUUAGGAGGGAUAAUGCCCACUUCUUCCUCUUAACACCCUGAUAGAAAAGCAUCCAGGAAGGACUCCUGGACCUCAAAGAUAAGCUGCCAGCUGCCACAGAGACUAUCAAAGGGUGGCUCAAAGUCAAGAGCAAACAGCUGAUUUUUUAUGGUUCUUGGUUUUUUGCUGUUGGUGACAGGAAGCCAUGUUCCCCAAGCUGUUAGCUUCCUGUUUUAUUUUUACACCCAGCCCAAGCAGAUCAGCAUGCCUAUCACAUGGGAGCUGGCUGCUUCUCUUGGGCUGCUCCUCAGCUGACCUAGAAAAGUGAUUCUUUCCCCUUCUAAAUUAAUCACGAAGUUGGGCUGUAUUUGCUUUCACUGAGUUUUGAAGAUUUCAGGCCUGUGGCACUGCUUGCUCCGAGCUCUGCUUAGCCAGGCAUCCCUCCAUCUCAGGGGCAGGCGUUGCAAGAGGGAUGUUUGUUGCUUGGACACUUCAGCCUGUUGGCAAAGGAGAGUUUUGCCUCUUGGAAGGGCUGACCUGCGCCUGAAAGCUCCUUGUCCUGCUUAGGGCUCCCUUACCAUUAAACACCCCCAGCACAAAAAACAAUGGCCCAGUGUAAACCUCAGCCCUGGGGGAUUUCCUGAGGGCCGUUGGGUGCAGCCUGCAGGAUGAGGAACAGUCAGCAGAAAGUUUCCUGGUCAGCUGCGAGCGCUUCCUGUUGUUCAGCAGAGCCGUGUUGUGCCGCUGCGGGAGGAGCCGCGCUUUGUUCCCCCCCAUCUCCUGCCCUCAUCCUCUGGUUGAAGCCAAGCCAUCGCUCUCCGGUUUAACAAAUUCCAGAAGAAGGGUUUUCAGGCUCUCUGAGAUGCUGUGUGUGAGCGGGGAAGGAAGGAGGCUGCGGAUGGGUAGGAAGGGAGCGGCGGCGGCGAUGCCGGCAGCACCUCGCGUGUGGGCGAAGCUGUGUAGUUUUCCAUCUCUGCUCCAUACCUGAGCCGGUGGGACUUUGCUGUCACUGCAAGUCACAGAACAGCGGGAUCUUUAUUUCUGAAGAGCCAGUAUUAUAAGAACAGUGCCUGAAGCAGGUCCACCAUGCCGUUAGUAACGAGGAACAUUGAGCCAAGGCACCUGUGCCGUCAGACGUUGCCUAGCGUUCGAAGCGAGCUGGAAUGCAUGACCAACAUCACCCUGGCAAAUGUCAUUCGACAGCUGGGCAGCCUGAGUAAAUUUGCAGAAGACAUAUUUGGAGAGUUGUUUACUCAAGCCAACACUUUUGCCUCCCGGGUGAGCGUUCUUGUCGAGAGAGUUGACCGCUUGCAAGUCAAAGUCACUCAGCUGGAUCCCAAAGAGGAGGAAGUCUCCCUGCAGGGCAUUAACACCAGGAAGGCCUUCAAAAGCUCCACUACUCAGGACCAGAAGCUCUUCGACAGAGAUUCUCUGCCAGUGCCUGUCCUUGAAACCUAUGGGACCUGCAAUACUCCUCCACCUCUCAACAUUCUUUCCCCUUAUAGGGAUGAUGGCAAGGAGGCACUUAAAUUCUACACAGAUCCUUCCUAUUUCUUUGACCUUUGGAAAGAGAAAAUGCUUCAGGACACCAAGGAUAUUAUGAAAGAGAAGCGGAAGCACAGGAAAGAGAAAAAGGAGAAUCCGAACCGAGGAAAUGUGAACCCACGGAAAAUCAAAACCCGGAAAGAAGAGUGGGAGAAACUGAAAAUGGGACAAGAAUUUGUUGAGAUAAAGGACAAACACGGUCCUGCUGGGUACCCCUCUAACAUGGUGUAUCAGAACGGCAGCAUUGGCUCAAAUGAAAGCAUGGACGUGAACUGCUACCCGCCACCGCCGCAGACUGACUCUAUUGUGCCUCCACCUCCUUCGUUCCCAGAUGACAGCCUGCCUCCACCCCCAGUGGAAUUUAGCUAUCCUGUAGACAACCAAAGAGGUUCUGGUUCUGGAGGGACCAAAAGAUCCAGCCUGGUUAGCCCGAGCCACCCACCACCAGCUCCUCCGAUCGGAUCCCCCGCCGGGGCCAGGCCGGGCUUUGCUCCCCCUCCAGCACCGCCUCCACCACCACCAAUGAUGGGCAGCACCCCUCCUCCACCACCCCCCGUGGGCUUCCCAUCCCCAGGGACCCCACCACCACCCUCUCCCCCUUCUUUCCCCCCUCACCCCGAGUUUGCUGCCCCGCCACCACCGCCGCCCCCUCCAGCGGCCGAAUACAGCAGUGUGCAGCCCCCUCCUCUGCCCCAGCCGGGCGUUGGGAGCGCACCACCUCCUCCUCCCCCUCCACCACCUCCUGGCCCCCCACCUCUGUCUUCCAGUGGCCUCGAUGGGCCCCCAGCACCGCCUCCACCCUCAGACACCUCCACCUCCAAGCCCAAGUCAUCCUUGCCCGCGGUUAGCGAUGCCAGGAGCGAUUUGCUUUCAGCGAUUCGUCAAGGCUUCCAGCUCCGCAAGGUGGAAGAGCAGAGGGAGCAGGAGAAGAGGGACGUUGUGGGCAAUGACGUGGCAACCAUCCUGUCGCGCCGCAUCGCCGUGGAGUACAGCGACUCUGAGGAUGACUCUUCAGAGUUCGAUGAGGACGAGUGGUCGGAUUAACCACGGCCCCAUCCCCUCGGUUCCCUUCCCUCCUGGGUUAACGGCUUCUUAAAGAACCAGGUGGCCAAACCUUCCACCGUUUCCUUUUCAUCCUGUAACCAAAGAUGUGCCAAGGGUUUUCAGACAACCACCAGCAUAUCUCCCCUCUCCCUCCCCCCCGGGCUUUGGCAGGACUUUGUGCUCUGCCUUUCCAAUAGGUCUCCUCGCAGGCAGUGGGGAUGGAGGCGUUGGGAUUUGGCUGGAGGGAGUGGAACGGUUGCUUAUUUAAGAGAACUAAACCUCCAGAUUCUCGAUGCCACCAGACAGAGCACACAAAACCCCUCCGUCCUGAGGGAUUUUUAAAGCAAAGAUGGAUGAUCCUGUUGUGGCCACGCGGCCUUUCAGAUGAAGGACAUUUUCAGCUAGUUUCCUCAUUGCAUCAGCAGGCAGUUGAUCUAGUGGCUCUUCCUUUCCAGUGAAUACUGGAAGUGCUGCAAGAAAAUGGGCUUUAAAUGUCUGUUCUCUGCUGCAUCCCACUGUCACAUAAUCAGUUUUCGGCAAUAGUGCACGAUCCUUUCCCCUCUGACCCUCCUCAGUAUUUCCAGACUUACCCCCGUUGUGGGGGGCACUCCUGGCUGUAGGGCUGCAGAGUGCAUCAGGUGCAAUGUGAGGAGGGCUGUGUUCUUUUUUAAAGCUGCCUUUACCUUCCUCAAAAACCUCCAGGGCUGCUUUGCCACAAGGGAGCCUUGCACAAAGGGAUGCAGAGCUGCAGCAGGAUGGCUGCUUGGCUUCCUGCUGCAGGGAGAGCAGAGCUGAUGGCUCCACUUCGUGCUGGGAGCUUGCUUAAAAAACAAAGCAAAAGCCAGAAGUGCCUACAGCAGGGAAGCAGUGGGGAGGGCUGCUCUGAGCACCAGGCCCCAUUUGACCAGUUGGAAUAGCUGCUUCUCUACUGCAGUGACCACAUUUUUGCAGAGAGCAUUGCUGCAGGAGUUGCUGGUGUUACUUUUGCUUCCUCCUCCCUUUCACUUCAGGAUUAGGGGGGGUCGUGUGCCUAAAACCACCUCGUGUGUGUGAGCUGAGUUGCCCAUUGGUUCCAUCAGACCUAACCCAUGUUGUUCCCCAUGUUUUGUUACCAUAGUUGAUUAGUUAAUUUUUAAGAACAUUUCUUCUCCCAGCUAACCCUGCGGAUUCCUAGGCUGCUCACUACAGGCAGGGGGAGAAAAUGGAGAACUUGAACUAGCUGACCUAGGUGUUACUGCUGUUUUAUAUUACAUAGAAUAUAUGCAUAUCUUGGAAAUCUAGAAGCAAAUAUCCCAGUGCUACAGAUGUGCUUUUUGUAUUUUAAUUUGAGCACAACUGUCUCAGAAAGCGAUUCCAAAGCCUUGUGGCUCAGGCUGCUGUGGGCUGGGACCAUUAAGACCAAAUCUCCAACCUCUUUGCCUUUCUGAUUGUAAAGUAUUCUGUGCCUGUUGUUCCCUCUCCAGCUUACCUUGUUUCAUGGUGUUGCUGAUAGCUGGGAUGCCAGGCCCAGCCGGAGGCUGCUGGGUUGCUGAAAACCUUUCUUAGGGGUUUGAUUGAUGAUUUCAGUUUGUGCCAUCGAGUUCUUACUGAUUUCUCGCGUGUGUUGGUGCAUUUUUAAUGUGUGCCAGAGCAGAUGAGGGCCUGGAGGAGGGGCUUUGCUGGGGUGUGGGUCAGGCUGAGAUCCGGCUCAGCCCUGAGCACAAUCAGGAGAGAUUCACCAGGCUCUCCACCAUUACAUUUCUGUCUUUGAGUUGGCUAUGCAGAGGACAUAGCGAGGCAUCCCAGCAGGCUGGGAACAUCUGAGCAGCGCUCAUUCCAGGUUCUGGAAGAGGGAAAGAAACCCCUCGAGUGCCAGCAAGCCGUCGUGCAGCGGAGGGACUUGGAAAUGCAAAGUGAUCAGUGCUGCACGCUGGGUGAGGGGGGCUGGAGGAGAAUCGCUGCCUCUGUUUUUCUGCUCCUUCUGUAAGCAUCCUCCUCUGGCUUCUCUUGGAGACAGGUUCCUGGGGAAAACAGACCUCUGAGCUAAGCCAGGCUGACAGCGUUAUCACACAGGGAAGCGCAGAGCUCACAAAUGCCAAACCUGGGUUAAUUUUAAAUUGCCUUAAGUAGAUUUGGCCCCCUGUUGGGAAAGGGGAGCGAGAAUUUCUGUCGUGUGAAAUCCAGAGAAGUGCCACGCUCCUUGCAGCCCAGCGUGUGGGGCAGGGCUGUGCCUCGGGGUGCUGGGGAUGCGGUCACCCCACGCCUAUGGCACAGGGAUGCUGUGUGGGUGAGCGGUGCAGCUGCAGGUGGAGCACAGUGCUCCUAUGCCUUGCCUGCUCUGGAGCCUUACUGGCAGCAGGAGGGAUGCUGCUCUGGCUGUGCAAGCCUGCUUUUACCCAUGGCUGCUUUCAGAUCCAGGGUGAGAGGCAGAACUGCAGGAUCCCAAGCGGAGGGAUUGCAGAUAUGACAAAACAACGGGUGUGAGGUGCCCAUCUGUGAGCAGUGCUGCAGAAUUGCAGAGCGCCGGGCCACUGAGUGAGCCUCGUAUUUCUGAACCCAGCAGGGGAGGAGGAGAGGUGCCAAAAACAACCUUUGCAAAGCAGAGCAGCUGUGCAGUGCUGCAGGGCCCAGGCCCUGUGCUUUCCUCCUGCCAUCUUUGCUUCUUGUCGUGGCAGCACCGCGCUGGGCUGGGUGGAACAGAGAGCCUCGAACGUUCUGCACGGCCAGAAGCAGAGCUGGCAGCCGUGGGCCUCCCCUCUCUGCCUGUCCCCAUGGAUGUCUGCAUGGAGCUGGGGCAGCCGCUGCCCUCCUCCCCUGCUCAGACAUUUCUCCUGCUGCCUUUGCCCGCAGUGCUUGGCUGCUGCUGCUGGCAGCCGCUCCCCCAGCGCCCCUCCUUGGCGCACAGGGAUGGCUGUGUCCCCACUCCCCGGCCUCAGCCUGGAGCCUCGUCUGCAGCCGGUGACCUUCACCGCUUUUUCCUCUCCUUAUCAGACCCGGAGCACCAGCCCGGAUGGAGGGAAGGGGCUCUGUGAGGUCCCCAUGGAGCCGCAUGGUGUCAUUUCAGGGAAGGGAUAUUUCUGUCCGUGAGCUCAUGCACGGUGCUGCGCUCUUGGAGCCUCUCGCAGGGCAGGUGCUGCUGCCCCAUCUCAGCUCUCCGUGCUGCUGCAUUUCGGGGCUGCUUUUUCCCCUCCUUUUUUUAUUUCUUUAAACAAAGCCUUGAAGUGGGGAAGUGGAUUCGCUGGGUUUUAUUACCGUAUUAACAUUCAUUUAAAUCCAUUUCAGAAACUAACUCCUUUCUCUUCCUGCUUAGAAUGUCUUAGGCAAGCUGUAACCCUUCCAAAGUGCCUUAUUUUUCCUAUAUGACAUAAAUAUAUUUAUAAGAACUAUGCUGUGUGUGUGGCCGGGCGCACUGCAGAGCAGAGCGGCGUUGUGGACCGAUGCUCUCAGGGUGCCAGGGGGGGGAAUUGGGUUACUCACUUCAGACCAAAGGAGUUUCAGCGCUGAAACUCUGCUUAAAGAAUUAAAAAAAAAGAGAGAACCACCACCUGAGGAGCAGAGUGCUGCCUCCUUGGCGUUGGUUCCCCUCUCAGAGCAAAUGCUGAUGGCGUGUCUGGUGUAAGCCGGGCUUUCCUGCUGCCACUUUCAACCCCUUGGAUGAUGAUGAUCCCAAUUGCAAUUUUUAUUUUAUUUUUUGUAACGUAGACGUGGAAAAAAAAAAAAACAAACCAACAAAGCCAACAAACCACGAUGGUCCUUAUUUUUAAAACCUCAAACUCGAUAAAAAACCUUUCUAUCCA